AUGUAUAUAGCUCAUAAACAACCAAAAACUGGAGGUGGUCCCCCCUUACCACCUCUUACACUUUGUGAAGAGACAUUCCUUCGGCUCUCUGAUGGGGAGCCAAAUAUCCAUGGAUUGGAAGGUGGAGUUGACACUGAUGCUCCAGUUCAAUGUCAGUCCUCAUCGACAGCUGAAAUGUCUUGCUUAUCUGAACAAAGUACAUCAGAAGUAGCAGAAAAGCUUGAAAAUUUGGACAAAGAAAAUGCAAAAGCAGUAGAAGAAAUCAGCAUUCAUGUGCCAGAACAUUCAGGAUGUAAAAAGAAGAAGCACAACAAAAAAGAGAAAGAAUCCCAAAGAAGGUGUUUAGAAGAACUGGAAAGAGAAAACAUAACUCUCGAUAACCAAAGACUGCAGGAUGAGAUUGCUAAAAUAAGAGUAGAAAGAGAAGUUUUAGUUUUGAAGAAGGAGGUCCUUACUCUACAAAAGCAAAAAUUAGUUUUUGAAAUUCAGACAUCAUUCCCAUGUCUAGUGGGACAGUUGUCAUCACUGCUUGAAUGUUAA